UCCCACUUUAAAUCCUUUUUUACCUCCUGAGCCCCUGAGUAGUGGCGCCGGCGAUUUUCUUUCACUCUUCUCUGUUUCCUUGCACUUUGGGUUCUCUUCCGCCGCAACUUCCUCUCUCUCUCUCUCUCUCUCUCCCUCGCUCGCUCUCCCUCUCCCUCUCUCUCUCCCUCCCUCCUUCUCCUGUAAGGUACUCUCUAGAAUUUAGUGAUUCUCUCUUCGCCGCCUAACCCUGUUCAAGAGUUUUGAUGGGGUCGUUAAAGAGAAAGUCGGACGAAAACCCAUCUGGAGAAACUCCCCAGAAACAGUUUCACAGAGACAAUGGUUUGUUGGGGAGACUUGACGAUGAACCCGUCGCUUGCUUGCAUGACGUUUCUUACCCAGAUGGUUAUAUUCCUCCUCCUUCUUCAUCUUCAUCUGGUAAAGAAGGUUUGGAGCCUGCAAAAGUCUUCCCUUUCAGUCUCGAUCCUUUUCAGUCUGAAGCCAUCAAAUGCCUUGGAGAUGGAGAAUCCGUCAUGGUGUCUGCCCAUACAUCAGCUGGAAAAACUGUUGUAGCCUCAUAUGCUAUAGCUAUGUCUUUGCGAAAUAAACAACGGGUUAUAUACACUUCCCCAAUCAAAGCACUCAGCAACCAAAAGUUUAGGGAGUUCAAAGAGGAAUUUUCAGAUGUUGGAUUGAUGACAGGGGAUGUAACUAUUGAUCCCAACGCAUCAUGCUUGGUUAUGACCACAGAGAUUUGGCGUAGUAUGCAAUACAAAGGAUCAGAGAUAACACGAGAGGUGGCUUGGGUCAUCUUUGACGAGGUACAUUACAUGCGUGAUAGGGAAAGAGGUGUGGUAUGGGAGGAGAGCAUUGUUAUGGCCCCAAAGAAUUCUCGAUUUGUGUUCCUCUCGGCAACUGUGCCCAAUGCAAAGGAAUUUGCUGAUUGGGUUGCAAAGAUUCACAGACAACCAUGUCACAUUGUUUAUACAGAUUAUAGGCCAACACCUCUUCAGCAUUAUAUUUUCCCUUCCAGAGGUGAUGGUCUCUACUUGGUGGUGGAUGAAAAUGGAAAAUUUCGUGAAGAUAGCUUUCAGAAGGGUUUAAAUGCGCUUGUUCCCGCUAGUGAGGGUGAGAGGAAAAAGGAGAAUGGAAAGUGGCAGAAAGGCUUGGUAAUGGGUCGGCUUGGUGAAGAAAGUGACAUCUUUAAAAUGGUUAAAAUGAUCAUUCAGCGUCAGUAUGAUCCUGUCAUACUCUUCAGUUUUAGCAAAAGGGAAUGUGAAGCUCUUGCAAUGCAGAUGGCAAAAAUGGAUCUAAAUGGUGAGGAUGAGAAAACGAACAUAGAGACCAUAUUCUGGAGUGCUAUGGAUAUGCUUUCCGAUGACGAUAAGAAGUUACCUCAGGUUUCACAUAUGUUACCUCUUCUGAAGCGUGGAAUAGGAGUGCAUCAUUCUGGCUUGCUUCCUAUUUUAAAAGAAGUAAUUGAGAUAUUAUUUCAAGAAGGGCUGAUUAAGUGUUUGUUUGCUACAGAGACAUUUAGCAUAGGGUUGAACAUGCCUGCAAAGACCGUUGUGUUUACCAACGUCCGUAAGUUUGAUGGAGAUAAGUUCAGAUGGAUAUCUAGUGGAGAGUAUAUACAGAUGAGUGGCCGUGCGGGUCGUCGAGGUAUUGAUAAACGUGGAGUAUGCAUACUCAUGGUGGAUGAAAAGCUCGAACCAUCUACGGCAAAGAUGAUGCUGAAAGGAAGUGCUGAUUGUUUAAACAGUGCCUUCCACUUAAGCUACAACAUGCUUUUGAAUCAAUUGCGCUGUGAAGAUGGUGACCCAGAGAAUUUGCUCCGCAAUUCUUUCUAUCAGUUUCAAGCAGACCGUGCACUUCCUGAUCUUGAGAGACAAGUACAGGAUUUGGAGCUAGAAAGGGAUUCAAUUAUAAUUGAGGAAGAAGAUAGUUUGAAGAAUUAUUACAAUCUGUUACAGCAAUACGAGAGUUUGAAGAAGGAUAUUCACGAUAUUGUUUUUUCUCCGAAGUACUGCUUACCCUUUUUGCAAUCUGGUAGGCUUGUUUCCAUCAAGUGCACUAGGAGUGAGGAAAUUUCCCAGUCAUUCUCUAUCAAGGACCAGGUCACAUGGGGAGUGAUAAUAAAUUUCCAAAAGGUGAAGACGGCCUCCGAAGAUGAUGCAAGUAGAAAACCAGAAGAUUCAAGCUACACGGUGGAUGUUCUUACAAGAUGUGUGGUGAACAGAGAUAGAAUUGCGAAGAGAACUGUUAAGAUUGUGCCUUUAAAGGAGCCUGGGGAACAUGUUGUUGUUUCUCUUUCUCUUUCUCAGAUUAAUAGUUUAAGCAGUCUUCGUGUGCAUAUACCAAAUGAUCUUUUGCCCCAAGAAGCUCGGGAGAACACAAUGAAAAAGAUUUCAGAAAUCCUUUCAAGAUUUGGUGAGAAGGGAAUUCCUCUCCUGGAUCCAGAAGAUGAGAUGAAUAUUAAAAGCAGCUCAUACCAAAAGGCAGCUCGUAGGAUAGAGGCUUUGGAGAGCCUCUUUGACAAGCAUGAAGUGGCAAAAUCUCCUCUUAUCGAGCAAAAGCUCAAAGCAUUUCACAUGAAACAAGAAUUGACAGCAAAAAUCAAGUCAAUUAAGAAAACAAUGCGUUCUUCUAGUGCAUUGGCUUUUAAAGAUGAACUUAAAGCAAGGAAACGAGUUCUUCGGAGGCUAAGAUACGUUACGAGUGAUGAUGUUUUAGAGCUGAAGGGGAAGGUUGCUUGUGAAAUUAGUAGUGCUGACGAGUUGACCCUUACCGAGCUAAUGUUUAACGGUGUUCUAAAGGACAUUAAGGUUGAAGAGAUGGUAUCUCUCCUGUCUUGUUUUGUGUGGCAGGAAAAACUUCAAGAUGCAGCAAAGCCUAGAGAAGAACUUGACCUGCUUUUUGUACAAUUACAAGAUAUAGCUCGCAGAGUUGCUAAUGUUCAGCUUGAGUGCAAGGUUCAAAUUGACGUUGAGAGUUUUGCGACCUCAUUUCGACCCGAUAUCAUGGAGGCUGUAUAUGCUUGGGCAAAAGGUUCAAAAUUUUAUGAGAUCAUGUCAGUUACUCCGGUUUUCGAGGGUAGCUUGAUCAGGGCAAUUAGGAGACUGGAGGAAGUCCUUCAGCAGCUUAUUGAAGCAGCUAAAUCUAUUGGAGAAACUGAGCUUGAAGCCAAAUUUGAGGAGGCUGUUUCCAAGAUCAAGAGGGACAUUGUGUUUGCCGCUUCUUUAUAUUUGUAGUUCGCACCUGAAAACUUAAAUAUCUUUAGGACGACGCCUCUGGAGUUUAACAAGAAGGAAACAUAUUGGUAACUUACAUCGUUAGUGGAUAAAAAAACAUUGGAGCAUGCGGCGAAGAUGAUCGGAAUCAUUCAUUCUUUAGCUUGGGAAGAAUAAAUUGCGGAUUCGAAGACAAAAUUUGUGUAUAAUCCUUUCGAGUGUCACUGGGCAAUACCCAUUUUGUCAGACUCGGCGGGUUGAGGAAGUUUUGUUUUCUAACUAGUGUUUUUUUUUUUUUUUCUAUGGCUGGAGGCUGGACAGGCUUAAGCUUGUAUCAACAAAAUGACUGGUGUACUCGAAUGCCUCACUUGUCGUGCCCGGUAUGUGGGGUUGUAGUUUCAUUCAUUUAUUAUUAUUAUUUUUAGGAAAAUUUUGAAGAUUCUAUUCUAGAUUGAAAGCGGACUGCUUGGGAGGCUGUGGUAAAUUUUUUUGUAUUAGCACUAGGUGGUGCUAUAUGUCAGGUUGUGUAAUAUAUUAAUGCACCAGUUAAAAACUUGGGAGGCUGUGGUAAGAAUAGGGUAAUUUCAGGUUUUGUAGUAACACACACACAUAAGUGGGAAGCUCGUGGAGGAUGUAGACGGAUGGGCAGACCAUGGGCAGACCGUUGAAAACUUGGAUGAAGGCAGUGAGGGAGAACAUCUUAGUGGACGUUUGGUUCGUGAAUUCAGAAUCAUUUUUGAUUUACGUGUAUUUUUUGUGAGAGAAAUUACUGUAGCGAAUUACGAAUCAUGAUUCGAAUCAUAGUACGAAUUUACUAACUAAACACAAGUAUACUUGAUGAUAUGUGGGAAGAUCGCAUUGCUUGGAGAAGCAGAAUCUGUGUAGCCGGUCCUGAUUGUAUCGAGAAUAUGCUUUGAUGAUGAUGAAUAUGGCACUCAUACUUAGAGGGAAU